AUGUCUCCCGUUCUCUAUCUGCUCGCGUUAUGUCUCUUUCUCCCACUUUAUCCCAUUGUCAAAAAACUGUACAAGCAGCGAUGCCUUGCAGCCCUCCCGGGUCCCAAGUCCACAUCUGUGCUCUUUGGUGUCGCGCGCGAGAUGUACGCGCCCUUCAGCAUGCCGUUCCGCAUGAGCCUCUACACCGGCUUCGGGCGCGUGGUCAAGAUUCCCCUCUUGUUCGGAGAGUAUGUCCUCGCCGUCUCGGACCCGGUCGCCCUCGCAGCGCUCCUCAAACACGACACCACGUUUGAGCUGCCAGACUUUGUUCGCGAGAUGACAUGGGUUACCUGGGGGCCCAAUCUUGUCGCAGUCAGCGGAGAUGAGCACCACAAGCAGCGCAAGAUGCUCAACCCUGCUUUUUCUGUCGCGCGACUCCGUACUUUCGUCCCUGACAUCAACGCAGUCAGUCAACUGCUCGUGGAUACCCUCAAAACGUACACCACCAGCGGGACCGCAGAGGUCGACGUGUCUCAGCUGUACUCCGGGUUUGCGCUCGAGUGCACCGGACGCACCGGCCUCGGACAAUCGUUCGGUCCGCUGACGGAAGAUGGCACCCCGCACAGUCGUGCGCUCAAAGAGUUUGGACCCACGAUAUCCAAACUGCGCAUGUUCGUCCCCUACAUCCCCUGGGCGCGACGAACGUUCCCGAGGUCGUGGCUUGCCUGGGCCGCCAAACACGCUCCGAUCCGUGCUGUCCGCGACACGUACCGGAUCUCCGAAACGGCGUUUGCAUCCGCCGCCGAGAUCUAUAACGAAAAAGCGGGAGACGUCUCCGAUGGGACUGGAAAGGACCUCAUGAGCAUCGUUGUUCGUCAAAACAAGCUCGCUCCUCCCGCGGAUGCCCUCUCCAAGGACUCCCUGAUCGGCCAAAUAUCCAUGUUCUUCUUCGGCGCGACCGACACGACCUCGUCGACGCUCAGCCGCAUCACGGAGCUGCUCGCGACGCACCCGGGUGUGCAGGCGCGGCUGCGCGAGGAGAUCACGGAGGCAACAGAGGGCGCGGGGAAGGCGCUGGUCGAUUUCGACUACGAAGCCUUCGGCUCGCUGCAGUACCUCGACGCCAUCAUCCGCGAGACGCUGCGCAUGUACCCGGUCUUGCAGGGGUCGAACCGUAUGUCCGACGUCGACGCCGUCCUCCCGCUCUCAGAGCCCAUCGUCGGGACCGACGGCAAGGCGAUCACCGAGCUGUUCGUCCCCGCGGGCACGCUCGUCAUCGGGAACAACGUCGGGUACAACUACGACACCGCGAUCUGGGGCGCGGACGCGCACGAGUGGCGGCCCGAGCGCUGGCUCGCGCCGCUCCCGGAGAGCGUGACGGACAACAAGGCUCACGGAAUGUAUUCGUACCACAUGGGAUUUGGGGGCGGCGUUCGAGCGUGCAUUGGAUACUCGAUGGCUCUGAUCAUGCUCAGAAUCGCGGUCUCACACUUGAUCAUGGCCUUCAAGCUCGCUCCGUCCGAGAAGGAGAUCGUCUGGCGCAUGGCAGGCGUGCUCUCGCCCACCGUGAAGGGCUCGACGCUGAAGCGACCGACGAUGCCCGUCCUCCUCACGCACAUUCAAUAG